AUGUUUAGCUUAAGUACUACACUUGAGACCUUGAUUCUCAAGUAUGCGGUUCUUGUGGAUGUUCCUUCUCCAGUUUGUAUGAAGUCCCUCAGAACUUUGCACCUUGAUUCUGUGGAUUUCAAAAAUAGCAAUUCUAUUCGUAACCUUAUAUCUGGCUGUCCUAAUCUUGAAGAUUUGGUCAUUUAUCAAUGCAACCGUAACGACGUUGUACUGACUUUCACUAUAGUGGCACCAUCCUUGAAGAGGCUAUUGAUUACAGAUUACGGACCAGAGAGCAUGGGAUAUGUGAUAAAUGCUCCUUCUUUGAAAUACUUGAAUCUUACAGGGUUUAGUCAUUGUGGGUGUUGUUUGAUUGAGAAUGCGCCAAUGUUAGUUGAGUCAAAAAUUAGAAAAGUUUCUUAUACAGCCAAUGAGAAUAUUUUGGGAUCUCUUAAGUCAGCCAAACGUCUUUUCUUGGACUUAUCACCCUUGGAGUUUCCUACUGAAGUUAUGUACUAUCAGCUGGUAUAUCUAGAGAUAUAUACACAUAAAGUGGAGUGGUGGAAUCUACUUACCCUCAUGCUUGAUAGCUCUCCUAAACUACAAGUCCUUAAGCUGACUGAUGAAUAUCUCAGUUUUAGAAAUCAUGGUUUGGUCAGCCGGAAAUGGAAUGAACCAAAGAAUGUUCCUGAAUGUUUGGUGUCUCACUUAAAGAUGUUUGUGUGGACAAGAGACGAAUGGGAAAGUGAAGUAGAGAAAGAAGUGGUUACAUACAUUCUAAAGAAUGCAAGACAACUGAAGAAUGCAAGUUUCUUAACUAGACAUAUGGAUUCCGAAGAGAGACGUAAGAUGCUCAAGGAGUUAGAUGGUGUUGUUAGGGCUUCAAGUUCAUGCCACCUUGUGCUCGAUUUUUAUCCUUCUGGGAAAGAGACCUUCAUAUUUCCUAGUAGCUUGUGUACUUGCAACACACUCGAGAGUUUGAAACUCGUAUUUGGUUUUAUUGUAGAUAUACCUUCUCCGGUUCUUAUGAAGUCUCUUUGA